AUGGCAAAGGAUGCGAUCAUGAGAGUGGCUUUGAAGGCAGACAUGUCUGCCGGUCGUGUCACUUUGAACGGUGACACGCUCCUUGUGGUUUAUGCCGGCGUUAGCACCGUCGAUUUGGUCUCUUACGUUCUGAAGAGACCAUCCCUUAGUGUAUCGGGGGUCUUAGCCGGAGCAGGUGCAAUGUACGGAUCCACAGUGUUGGACGAUCGCUUCGAAAACUUGCUGAGCCAGCUGUCUGGUCGAGAAAAACACCAUGAAAUGCCCGAAAAAUCACACUACAUGGCUCUUCAAUAUUGUCAGGACACCAUUAAGCCAAAAUUUGAUAAGGAACUUGAUGGUGUAUUCUGUGCCGAUGCCCAGUGUCGAAGACGAUAUUGGGAUCGGGGUAGAGGUAGGCUUUAUCCAGCUGGAUGGCCGCGGAACACAUGGUCCGCUGUAGUACAGCAUGUACCGAUGACACUGCACAUGACACUACUAAUGGAUGCAGAGGCGCGGUCCAACACGGAUCAAGUGGAAAUCAGUUAUUGA